UUGCGCCGCGCAUGGGCACGUUAUCCAGACAGAACAGAAAACUCCGCGGGAGAAUGAAGAGUAGACCGGCGCGCGACUAGCGAUGGCCGGAGCUCCGGCGAUGGAGCUGUCUUCUCUGCGCCCUCUCUCCAACCUCUCUCCUCACUCCUGCUUCGCCGCCGCCGGCAGCUCCCUCUUCGCCACUCGCGGGAGCGCCCCCGCGGUGUCCCGGACCGGGUGCCGGUUCCGGGCCCCGAGGGCCGCCGGCGCCGGCCACCGGGGCCUCGCUCUGGAGCGGCGGCGGCGGCAGUUCUGGGUCGACGAGCGGGAGAGCGGCGCCGAGGAAGGCCGGGGAGAACCGAGCUCCUAUUCUGCGGAUGACGAUGACGAUGACGACGAUGACGACGACGAGGCUCCGUUGUUGUCGUUGAGCGAGAAGCCGGACCGGAGCGUGGCGCUGCUCGAUGAUUACGAGAUGGAGGAGCUCGAUUAUGCUUCCAACCCGGAUCAUAGAAGCGGAUAUGUGGCUGUUCUAGGAAAGCCUAAUGUUGGGAAGAGUACAAUUGCGAAUCAAAUGAUAGGCCAGAAGUUGUCAAUAGUUACAGAUAAGCCGCAAACCACAAGGCAUCGCAUUCUUGGUAUAUGUUCAGGCCCAGAGUAUCAGAUGAUACUUUAUGAUACUCCUGGUGUAAUUGAGAAGAAGAUGCACAAAUUGGACUCCAUGAUGAUGAGUAAUGUUCGAAGUGCUGCUAUAAAUGCGGAUUGUGUAUUAGUUCUCGUGGAUGCAUGUAAAGUACCUGAGAAAAUUGACGAAGUAUUAGAAGAAGGUAUCCGGGACCUGAAAAAUAAGGUGCCAACUCUGCUAGUAAUGAAUAAGAAGGAUCUGAUCAAACCUGGUGAAAUUGCGAAGAAGCUCCAGUGGUAUGAGAAAUUUACAGACGUGGAUGAUGUUAUACCUGUGAGCGCCAAAUAUGGUCAUGGUGUGGAAGAUGUCAAGGACUGGAUUUUAUCCAAACUUCCUCUGGGGCCGGCUUAUUAUCCCAAGGACAUUGUUAGUGAGCAUCCAGAAAGAUUCUUUGUGGCCGAAAUAGUUAGAGAGAAGAUUUUCAUGCAAUACCGCAAUGAAGUUCCUUAUGCUAGUCAGGUUAAUGUGGUGAGCUACAAAACCAGGCCAAAUGCUAAAGAUUUUAUACAAGUGGAGAUUGUUGUAGAGAAGAACUCACAGAAGAUCAUCAUGAUUGGAAAACAAGGGAGGGCUCUCAAGCUACUUGCUACUGCUGCUCGGCUUGAUAUUGAAGAUUUCUUGCAGAAGAAAGUAUAUCUUGAGAUUGAGGUGAAGGUGACAGAGAAUUGGCGGCAAGACGAAGGACUUCUCAAGUACUAUGGUUAUGGGGGACAGAUUCGAGCACUAUGAUAUAAAUUUCUUCAGCAUUGUUCUCAGCCCAACGUGCUACUUUAGAGGUCGUGUCACUGGGAAGUCUCUCCAGCUGAUGAUCAAGCUAAUUCUCACCUUGUCCUUUGUGGAUAAACGAGCGCCCAUCUCCAUCUUCUUGGUAGCCAAUCUUUGUUGAUUUUCUAAGCAAAUUUUGUUUUCAAAGUCCAAGUUUGUCUAAAAUAGUUGAUUGUGCCUCGAUUUGCCUGCCUUCUUUAGAAAAUAAUGCAUUGUUUUCGAUAGAUUUAUUUGAUUUCUUUCUUAGAAAAGCUUGCAGUUGACUGACUGGUUUGCAGUUGUGUGCUUCAUCUCGGAAGGGCGAGGAUGCAGAGAAGAAGCAUUUCAGUAUCGAACUUGCAGGUUUUCGCUUUGUAUCAAUAAUUUCGAGCUAAUUAUGUUCUUUUGCGAAGUAGUUUUGGCAAGAUUGGGUGAGGCUAAAGAACAUGGAAGGUUUGCAAAUGUUGAAUUCUUCAUUGCAAUUUGCUUGGACGAAACAUCAAGCUAAGGUUGGCAGCAUCGAACAACAUUGAUUUCA